AUGCGGCUACUUCAGCUGGGGGCAAACGAUGAGUUGACCAUUACGCGGGACAUUGUGCCUGAUUCUACUCCCUAUGCAAUACUUUCGCACACCUGGGGCACCGGAGGCGAUGACGAGGUCACAUUCCAAGACGUUACACAGAAGAAAGGCAAAAGAAAGCCUGGUUACCAGAAGAUCCUAUUCUGUGGGAAGCAUGCCAAACGCGACGGCUUGAAAUACUUCUGGGUAGACACGUGCUGCAUUGACAAGACAAGCUCUGCCGAGCUCAGCGAGGCGAUAAACUCGAUGUACCGAUGGUAUGAGAAAUCGGAAAGAUGCUAUGUAUACCUAGAUGAUAGUAGGUGGUUAACGAGGGGAUGGACGCUUCAGGAGCUCAUUGCACCAUCAACCGUGAAGUUCUACUCCUCGAAUGAACAUCGACUAGGUGAUAAGAAGUCGCUCAUGUGCAUCAUCCAUGAAAUUACGAAACUCCCGUUGCUAGUGCUCCAAGGUCACUGGAAGUCGGAAAUCCCGAUGAUAACACGAUUUUCGUGGUUCCGCCAGCGAAAUACAACACGACCAAAGGACAAGGCUUACUGCUUGAUGGGAAUUCUGGGUGUUUACAUGCCACCGAUCUACGGAGAAGGCGAGAGGAUGAGGCAUUCAUCCGUCUUUACAAAGAUUUGGAACAUCGCUAUCAAGUAA